AUGCAACCAGUUGAAGGUACCUUUCGCUAUCGUGUGCGGGAGGUGUUGUCUCGUUUGUGGAGUCUCGCAGUACCGAAUGAUCGUCCCAUGCCUCUGUUCACUAUGUGUGCUGUACUUUUUAAUGGUGGAUUCCUAGUUUACAGCUUCUCUGUUGUGUUAUCUGCCACAUGUAGUAUUGCUUUGACGCGGUGGUCCGCAUUGGGGCUCACAAAUAUCAUGGUAAAUAUUGUUUACGCAAUUGCGAUUAUGUGGCGUAUGCGGUUUCGUAUUGAUGAAGGGAUUCCCCUGGAAUGUAACGUUUUUCGUCUUUUUUUUAUGGAGCCGGUGAAUAUUGCAUUUGUUGUUUAUGUUUUGUGGGAGAUGGUUUGGAUGUCAUUUGUUCCUCAAAUGACUACUAUGUAUGGGGUUCUUGAUAUCUGCAGUACCCACUUAUCGUUGCAGUUUUGGUUUUGUGGACUGUUUAUAUUACUCAGCGUUCCUGUCCUGAUAUUGACGUUCAUGACAGAGUUUUGCAGGGUGCCGAGGUGGCGACGUUGGGCGGAUGAGAAGUGGCAGAGACAGCAAAGGACAAUGCGUAUUGUCCGAACUAAUGUUUCUGCUGUUCUCCGUGAGGAACUUCCUAUUGUUUUGGCGAACACUUCACUCAGAUCGGUCCCACAGCAGCAGCGACAGAACCAGAACCAACAGCAGCACCAGGUGCCGAUAUUAGGAGACAGUAAACUAGUCCCACCCGACGCCAGUAAUAUAGCGGAAGUGGGGUUCGAUCUUGAUGAUUUUGUGCAUCGAGCCAGCAGUCGUGAAAACUCUCGUCAUAUGGCAAAUUCCUGUUUCUCACCCCGAGAGGGUGAUGAUGGCUGGUGUCCAAUGACCACUGAAGGUCACCGACAGGAGUUGCAUUCUCCAACUCAAUGGUUGCCGGACCGUAUACGGUCGCCAGUUGUUCCACCAGCUCGAGGGAUUUCGAAUGGGAGUGCUGCUGUUUUUCGUACUACAAGUGAUGAUACUGUGGUGAACCCUGGGGGUAUUUAUAUUUCUGUCGGGCAAAAGAAUAAAGAUGAAAGUGAAGGUCAUCCUUCGCCCAAGUCGAAAUAA